AUGGCUACGGCUCAAAGGCUUCUCACCGCCUCUCUUCUCCUUAUUUCGGUUCUUAUUCCGCUUAUCUCAGCUCGCAGACCAGGCACUCCACACUGCCCUCUCCUCCCCCUCCUCCUCUUCCUUUCAGCGAGCUACUACGUCCAUGGACUGAAAUUUUCUCGUCCCUGUGAAAACAACACCUAUGAUGAGAUGACGGGAAAUUUCAAAUGUACUGUGCCGACGGGCGCUGAGUGUUUCCAACUCUGCCAACAAUACGGCUGCUACGAGUGGUCGUUCUCCUCUUUCAUGCCUAGCACUGACAUGCAUGUGCGAGAUCACUUUCGCUGUCGGUGUAUACAGGAUAUCUGCCUCUACAACUACGUGCGAGUCAGGGAUCGCGACUACGAGUGA